GAGGCGGUUGUCCUGUGUCUGAGGGAGCUGUAGCGCCAUCGCCACACGAUGAAAGAGGCGAAGCCAAAGCCACCAAACUAUGGCAAAUUUCAAACAAAGGGAAUCAAAGUUGUGGGAAAAUGGAAGCAGGUAAAGAUUGACCCAAAUAUGUUUGCAGAUGGACAGAUGGAUGACUUGGUGUGCUUUGAGGAACUGACAGAUUAUCGAUUGGUCUCCUCUGCCAAGAAUUCCUCCAUGCUCUUCUCGAAGGAGGAGCCCAAGAAGAGAAAGGCACAAGCUGUUUCAGAAGAAGAGGAGGAAGGAGAGUCUAGCUCCCCAAAGAAAAAGAUCAAGUUAAAGAAGAGUAAAGAUGUGGCAUCUGAAGGAACCAGUACCCAGAAAGAGUUUGAAGUCAAAGAUGCUGAGCCAGAGCCCCAGGGAGAUGGCACUAUUCGUCCUGAUCCAGAGGUGGGGGGGAUGGCAUUAGAAAACCUGGCCCAGACUGCUCCAAAAAAGAAGAAAAAGAAAGGGGGGAAAAAAUUGGAACCUACCCAGAGCACUUCCAGUAAGGUGCCCAGAAAAGCAAAGACAUGGAUGCCUGAAGUUAAUGACCAGAAGGCAGAUGUAUCAGCUUGGAAGGACCUGUUUGUGCCCAAGCCAGUUCUCCGAGCACUCAGCUUUCUUGGCUUCUCUGCCCCCACACCAAUUCAAGCCCUGACCUUGGCACCUGCCAUCCGUGACAAGCUGGACAUCCUUGGGGCUGCUGAGACAGGAAGUGGGAAAACUCUUGCCUUUGCCAUCCCAAUGAUUCAUGCAGUGUUGCAGUGGCAGAAGAGGGAGCCUGCCCCUGUUCCAGGUAACACUGAAGCACCACCCGGAGAGACCAGAACUGAGGACAGAGCUGAGACUGGAUCACCAAACAAGGCUGGAACUGAGUCUGGAGUGUUGCCUGAUGAGACCAGAAUUGAGAGUAAAGCACUGCCCAGUGAGACUGGAACUGAGGCUGGAGUGUUGCCCAGCAAGGCCAGAGCCAAGACCAGAGGCACCGUUUCAGACCAGGCGUUGCUCUUCUGUGAUGAUGAUGCUGGUGAAGGGCCUUCUUCCCUCAUCAAGGAGAAGACUGUUCCCAAACAGAAUGAGGACAAAGAGGAAAAGCUUGAUCAAGAGCAGACUGGAAAGUUAAAACAAGAGUCAGAUGGCAAAAGUGCCACCUAUAGAGCAUAUCCAAAGCGUCCUCUGCUUGGACUGGUUCUGACUCCCACUCGAGAGCUGGCUGUCCAGGUCAAACAACACAUUGAUGCUGUGGCCAGGUUUACAGGAAUUAAAACUGCUAUUUUGGUUGGUGGAAUGUCCACACAGAAACAGCAGAGGAUGCUGAACCGCUGUCCUGAGAUUGUGAUAGCCACUCCAGGCCGGCUGUGGGAACUAGUUAAAGAAAAGCACUCUCAUUUGAGCAACCUUCGGCAGCUCAGGUGCCUGGUAGUGGAUGAGGCUGACCGGAUGGUUGAGAAAGGCCAUUUUGCUGAGCUCUCACAGCUGCUAGAGAUGCUCAAUGAUUCCCAAUACAACCCAAAGAGACAAACACUUGUUUUUUCUGCCACACUGACCCUGAUUCAUCAAGCUCCUGCUAGAAUCCUUCAUAAGAAGCACACCAAGAAAAUGGACAAAACUGCCAAACUUGACCUCCUUGUGCAGAAGAUUGGCAUGAGAGGCAAGCCCAAGGUCAUUGACCUCACAAGGAAGGAGGCCACGGUGGAGACACUAACAGAGACCAAGAUUCAUUGUGAGACUGAUGAGAAAGACUUCUACCUAUACUACUUCCUGAUGCAGUAUCCAGGCCGCAGCUUAGUGUUUGCCAACAGCAUCUCCUGCAUCAAACGCCUCUCUGGGCUUCUCAAAGUUCUGGAUAUCAUGCCUCUGACCCUGCAUGCCUGUAUGCACCAGAAGCAGAGGCUCAGAAACCUGGAACAGUUUGCCCAUCUGGAAGACUGUGUUCUCUUGGCAACAGAUGUGGCAGCUCGGGGUCUGGAUAUUCCUACAGUUCAGCAUGUGAUUCAUUACCAGGUCCCUCGCACCUCAGAGAUUUAUGUCCACCGAAGUGGUCGAACUGCUCGAGCCACCAACGAAGGCCUCAGCCUGAUGCUCAUUGGGCCUGAGGAUGUGAUCAACUUUAAGAAGAUUUACAAAACCCUCAAGAAAGAUGAGGACAUCCCACUAUUUCCCGUGCAGACAAAGUACAUGGAUGCAGUCAAGGAGCGAAUCCGUUUAGCUCGGCAGAUUGAGAAAGCUGAAUAUCGGAACUUUCAGGCUUGUCUGCACAACUCUUGGAUUGAGCAGGCAGCAGCUGCCCUCGAGAUUGAGCUGGAAGAAGAGAUGUAUAAGGGAGGAAAAGCUGACCAGCAAGAAGAGCGUCGGAGACAGAAGCAGAUGAAGGUCCUGAAGAAGGAGCUGCGGCACCUGCUCUCCCAGCCGUUGUUUACAGAAGGCCUGAAAACCAAGUAUCCGACUCAGUCUGGCAAGCUGCCCCAGCUUGUGUUUGCCCCAAGGAAUGGCAAGUCUGCUCUGAGCUGUCUUUCCAAACAGAAGAAGAAGACAAAGAAGCCAAAAGAGCAGCAGCAGGAACAGCCACAGCCAAGUACAAGUGCAAAUUAACUGCCCCGGUCAAGUGUGUUGUGACUGCACAGUGGUGUCUGUUCUCUGGUUAUACGUGAAAACCUCCUUUCCACUUGUGCGUUUCACUCCACAAUCAACCCCAGUUAGAAAACGUUCCCUCUCUUCCACCUUACCCCCGUAGCGGGAGAGACCUCAUGCAGAUGUGCAUUGUUUGACAUAAGAAUCCUAUGCAGCAGCUUAAUAUUUGUGUAUUCCAGUGUCUACAAGCUUCUUGUGUGUUCAGCUUGAUUUCUGAAAUUAAAAACAAUCGCCAGA